AUGGCUGGGUGUCCAAUUUGCCCUGUUUCCGCACUCGUCCUUGGCAUCGAUGACUAUCGGUGUUCUGAUCCUGCAUUGCAACGUCUCGAAUUUUGUGUUCGGGAUGCGGAUCGGAUGGCAAAGCGGCUUGUUGAGCUCGGCUGGCCAGAAGACCGGGUUGAAUUGGUCGAAAAUGCAGACACGCAACAGAUGUCGAGUUGCAUAGAAAGUAGCGUUCUGCAGAUAUCUCAAGCAAGCACACAGACGCCGUCACAACUCCCAGUGCUGUUCUUCUUCUACUAUGCUGGUCAUGCCCGUGAGACUCAUGGGCAGCUACAGUUGCUGUCCAGAAAUGGCGAGCCGUUCGAUGUGCAGGAACUGCUUGUUCGAAGACUAAAUCGCGUCCGAUUGACUGAUGGGCGGAAGCUUGUGAGCGUGCUGUGCUUUGACGCGUGUCGAGAGGAGUUGAGCAAUGUGACGUGGCGCUGUACAGAAGGUUGCGAAGGUUCAGAAAGUCGGUCGCAGGGUAGAGCGAGAGGUCGUGAAUCAGUCAAAAAUGCAAGAUACGCAUCGCCCAAUGAUUUCUUGUUUCUUUGGGCGUGCGAUCCUGGACGAGUUGCCGGCGAAUCUUCGGGUGCAGGUCAUUUCACUGAAGAGUUGCUGAAGGAGCUGGGAAAAGAUGAAGAUAUUCUCCAGCUAAUUGCACGCGUUCAGGAAGCAGUUGCGAAACGGACAAAUAACCGGCAACGAGCUCGAAUGGACUCUCGCCUUACCUUCCCCUUGAUUUUAAGCCCUGCUGCUUUUGGCAAAGCUGAUCGAAAUCAGCCACACGCAUGUGCGAAGAUGGAUCUUUCCGACUUGGGCGAUGCAGCACGGGCUGCCCUGCUACACUUCUCCAGAGAAAGCCCAGCAGCUUUGGCUGGAAACUCAGCGGAACGUCCUUCCAAGGAACAGGUACAAGGCUUAUUUGCAGAUCUCUUAAGAGGAGCCAUCGGUGGUCGUGAUUCGGAACUCAUCCAUGAAGGCCGCUGCUUGCGAAUGAACGUGAAGCCACAAAUCCACUCGCUGGACGAGGUAAAGUAUGAAGUUACCAUCACUGAUCCUGAAACAGGCGCAAGCGCCUCUGAAAGAAUGGAAUCCGAGGAAGAUGCCAAGCGUGCGGCUAUUGCAAAACUUCCAGCCAGAACCACGAGCAGUGCAGGGGCAAGGCCUCCCACGCCAACUGUUGCUUCUCCUGUAUGGCCAGCAGCCACACUGCCCGUCAUUCAGCCACAAGCGGCGGUGUUAUCCACAGAAGAGCUGCGUGCAAGGCCCGAAGAGCUCCAGGCCUUCCGGCUCACGCUCUCCUUGGCCGAAGGUGGCGCCGAACUGGAGCAACUGGCGGCCGUUCAGGUGAGAUUUGACACAGUCGAGAAGCAGCUGUCUCUGGAUAGGUCGUCGGCUGAUGCGCCUCAGGUCUGUCACACGCUGGUUAUGGCUGAUGAUGCGAGCGAGCUGCCAGAGGCCCUCUCCGAGCUGCAGGUCUACUUGCUGGUUCCUGGAGCCGAGAGGGAUGAAUCGCUCGAGCUACCCAUCGACCUGUCGAGCUUGGUUGCCCGAUGUCUGCCAGAAGGAGACUGGGGCUCGGAUGAGGUGAGAGCCGAGGUGGAGAGUAGCCAACUGCCAGCUCUCGGAAGAGGCGUGUCCUGGCAGGCCAGCCUCACAGCCUUCAGCUGGAGUUCGAGUAGCGAGGACCUGCUGCCGGGUCGUCCCAGAGAUGCAGAUAUCUGGGCUUCAGGGGCGAACCUCCUUGCCGUGGGCCUCAGGCUCUGGCGGUUGUCCAUCGAGGUGCGUUCCAUCAGGCUGACUGCCCGGGAUGCCAAUGUGUAUGUCACCUAUUCCUAUCCGCCUCUGAGCCAGCCGAGGGCUUUUCGAACCAAUCCGCCGACGCCGGCAAGGAAGAAGGUCACACUGAACCUACCGCACGCCUUCGCGGCGCACACCUUGACCGCGAGCUUCAAUGAACUGGAGGCACUGCUUCAGCAGCCGCUGGUUGCGGAGGUCUGGCAUCGAGACUUGUACCGCAAGGAUAGCGCCGUGGGCAUUGCAGAGGCUUCGGUUGGUGCGGCUCCUAUCCCCUUGGCAUUGUCAUCUGUGGAGCUCGGAUGGGGAAGAUAUGGAAGAUAUGGACAGAGUUUGAGGAUCCUUGGCGGUAUGUCAGAUCAAGAGCAAGAGGAGGAAACGGACUUCAUUGAGGACGUUGACGAUGAGGGGGCUACGAACUCCCAGGGGGAGGAGGACAACUCAUCCGGCAUCUCGGACGACAACUCCGAAGUAGUUGAGGCAGAUGCUGCUCUGGACAAGUACGAGGUUGUCUACGACCAAAGCAUUGACAAAGUGUCCUUCCCUUUCGAAGUAGUGGAGGAGGUGCAGAGGACGUGGCAUGCCUUCCUUGAGCAUGCAGGUUCGCCGGAAUCGGCGGGGGAGAUCAUCUUUAACAGUUGGUGGGAGGCGGCUCCAUCCCUCCACGCCUACUUCGUCUCGCCCCGGGCCGUCCUGAACCUUCGAAUUUUUCAUGGCAUUGCCCCGGUGGUUGCAGCCAUGGGAAACGCUUCUCAGCUCAAAAACGAAGUGGAGCAGAUCAGCUUUCGGCACCUGGACAGGCCUGUGAAACCGGCCGCAGUCGACAUCCUGCGCGAGGCCAUGCUGGACAUGUGGGAGCAGGAGCUGGGCCCAGUGUUCACCACCAGGGCGCGGAAGGGUUGGCAAGCCCUCUUGAACUACAUGGGGGGUGCCUUCUGCUUUGUCGGCCGUGAGUAUGCGUCCCGCGUGCGGAUCAUCCAAAGGAGCUGGCGAACUGCCACCUCCAAGUCAGCCGAGGACCUGGACCAGGCCGAGGAGAUGGAAGCAGAGGAGGGGAACAACGUGAUGGAGGCCCUGGAAGAUGAUAAUGAGGAUGGUCCCCCGAAGCAGCACAGGCAAAGAGAUAUGGACGAAGAGUCGGACCUGGGGGGCAAAGUUGCAGGUAAAGAGGUGAAAGUACCGACCACCUUCAAGGACAUGUUUCUCUUCAAUGCGGCCGUCAUGGGCUUCGGCAGCAGCAACUGGAUGAGCAUGAUCUUGGAGCAGUUCGAUGCCAUAGUUGUUAACAUUGCGAACUCGUACCGUUUGAGCGAGGAGUGCGAUGUGCUGACGCUCGUCCUUUCGAAGUAUGAGGGCACCAUCCUCUUGAACGAGUAUCGGUCCGUGAUGCUCGCCACGCUACGCUCCCUUGCGCCGAAGGAGUGGGACAGCGACCACGAGGUGGCUUGGAGCUGGCUGUGGGAGAACGUGGAGAAGAUACUCAAGGCCCAGCUGGGAAAGCCCAAGACGCAAGAGAAAGCGGUGGAGCGCUUCAUCACCGGCCUCUCCGAAGAGAUGGUGGACUAUUUCCGCAAAGAGCUCUACAAGCGCUUUUUCCAGAAUGCACCUUCAGGCCAAGAUCACUUCAAGCAGUCCACAACGCGGCUGUACUUCUUGGCUGACCGCAUGGUGGAAACUACGAUGGACAUGUUCCGCAACCCCCGGAAGAUGGUGCAGGAAAUCUCUGGCCUGGGCUUGCGCCACGUCGGCUAUGGCAUCCCAACAGAGCUCUUCGGACCGUAUGUGUCGGCCGGGGUGGAUGUUGUUCGCACCAUGACGACUGAUGAGAAUGCCCUGUCUGGCUUCCGAUGGUCCUUGACCUUGGUGUCCAAGAUCUUGGUGCGAGCAGUGAGUGAGGGUGCAACCCUUGUCAUGCGAGCCAUCAACACCAACCAGGAGCUGGCCCUGAAGAAGGCCAUCUCCAUUGCUCCGCGGGGACAGCGAGCGACUGAGCUCCUGAACAUCUCUGUAGGCACUCAGUCCAUUUCCCCGCUGUUUUGGGCCAUCGAAAGUGGUGCUCUGAACAGUGCACGGGCAAUGCUUGUGGACUUGCUGACCAUUCGCGCAGAUCGGGACGUCUACUACUAUGGCUAUGAUGACCUCUUCACGCGGCAUCCAGACAUCAUCCAGCGCUUGUGCAAAGAUGCGCCAACGUUGCUGUGGACUCUGCUGGAUGGCCUAAUCUGGCGAUCUCGACUCACCUACCAGGGUCAACGCCGUGUGAACUACUAUGUCAAGCACUUGGUGGUUGACCUGGAGGGCAACAGCAACCAGACUCUUCAGUGGCUGGCCGAUCACAAAGACCCGAAGAUAAUUGUUCACCCAGUUGUGGUGCUGUUUGCGGAUCUGAUCUGGAAUCGUCUUGCCAUGUACCACUUCUUGCUGGGAAGAUGCUACUUCCUCUUUGCAUUAUGUGUUUUCAUUACAAGCCAAGCGCUGCUCUUCCGCCAUGAUGGCACGGAGACGCUUGAGGAGAACAUCGCGCGGUUUGUUUGCCGGUGCUUCCUCUACUUCGGGAGCUUGACGAAGCUGUUCUACAACCAGUGCAAGCUCUUCUACACCGACAUGAAGACGAGAAAUAUCGUGUGGUUCCAUUCAUGCCCCAUUCCUAGAUACAUGACGAGUCCUCAGCACGCAGGGAACAUGUUGCUGGUGAUGUUGCUGAUUUUGAUGUACGUGGAGGAGCCCAUCCUGUGGUGCGGGGUCUUCACCACUGAUAAUCCCAUGGGGCUCUUGUUCACCAACAACUGCCAGGCCUCUGAAUCCAUCAAAGACAUCUACUCCAUCUUUUCAUGCUUUGCAAUGCUCUUGUACUGGGUUCUUCUCAUGGACUUCACGCUCUUCUCCAUGCGCAUUUCUGCCUUCGUGCUGGUCUGCGGGCAUGUGCUGGCUGACGUCGGCCUGUUUGUGCUCGCCAUCGUGUUCUUGGUCUUGGCAUUCGCAACGGCCAUCAGUUCGUUGAAUCACGAGCUGGCAAACUUCGCUGGCAUUGACUCUUGGUUGGCCAGUCUAGUGCAGAUGACAUUGGGGAUGUUCCCUGCGAGAAGCUUUGAAGACUUCCAGACAGAGAUAGCUGUGCUCACAGCCGUUUCCGUCUUCGUGGCGGUCGUCAGCAUCUUCCUCCUCAACCUCCUCAUCGCCCAGCUUAAUCAGUCGUAUCACGAUGUCUUUGAAGACAUGCAAGGUUUUGCGCGGCUGAACCGAGCUGGUGUCAUCGCCGCCACGCUGGAACAGGUUCCCAGGAAGAACUGGAUCAAGUUCCGGGAAGGCCUUCAGUUCGAUGAGCGCCUGGAGUUCAACGAGGGGGACGUGGGCCUGGCAGGUGGGAUCCAAGUACUGGAGCCCGCGAACGCCAACCCGCUCACGGAGGAUACCAUCCGCCGCUUUGGAGGCUCCACAGCCCCGACCAUGCCUUGGCCACAAGAGCACACGGAGGACGCCCAGGAGGAGGACAAGUUCGAGCGCCUUGAGAAGCUGGUGCUGCGCGCCACCAAGAAGAAGAAGCGGGCGGGCGGCAGUGAAGCCUCCAGUGCCGGAGACUCCAGUUCUCAGGCUGGCCACUCCGAAUCGAGUUCCAAAAACUCAGCGAACAGUUCGUAA